AUGGCGGCACGUUCUGAGAGCUCUCAAAAUUCACCAGGAGCGUCGCACCAUCUAGAAAAGGAGGUUCGGCUCGAGCCAGACGCCGAGGCUGUCGAGGAGAUUCUAGAAGAUGACGCGGAAGAUGCGGAGAAGAAUCGCGAAACUACGCGGAAAGAGCGACGAGGGGAAGCGGAGGCGGCAAGGGAGACUGGUGGGAGGGAAGGUGGAGACGAGGUGGGGCAAGGGGAGGAAGGGGAGGAAGAGGAGGAAGAGGAGGAUUGGGAAAGGGAGGAGCAUCUAACGAUCGGUGAUAUAAUGAAUCGGGCAAUCGCGGAGCAAGCGUUCCCGGGAGGAACAGUAGCCUUUGGCUCAUUCGAGGGCCCUGUUUUCCACGCCUCCUUCGGCACUUAUACUUAUGAUUGCAACAGACCCAUCACCUCAGACUCGCUCUGGGACCUCGCCUCUCUCACCAAGAUCAUGGCCACUGUUCCCGCUGCAAUGAUCCUCUACGAGAAAGGUCUAUUGGACUUACAAGCCCCAGUGCAUCGCUACCUACCUGCUUUCGGAGCAAAUGGCAAGCAUGUGGUGACGGUGCAGAUGCUGCUGAUGCACACCGCUGGGCUGAGGGAGUUCCACCCCUUCUUCGCCCUCCAGCUCUCCACUCGUCAGCAGGUGAUUGACUUUAUAAUGGCGGACCAUCUCUGGUACCCCCCUAUAGUCACAACCCGCUACAGCGACCUCUCCAUGAUCGUGCUGGCGCUCGUGAUCGAGCGAAUCACAGGCUGCCACCUCAGCACGUUCGUGCACCGGGAGAUCUUCAGCCGGCUGGGCAUGACAAGCACAGCGUUUCGACCAAUCCCAGGGCAUCACGGCAGCACGUUCCGACCAAUCGGGGACUCAGGAGGAUUUGAUCCACGUGUGGUCCCUACAGAGGUGGAUUCUCUGCAUCGCAAGAAGCUGCUGUGGGGAGAAGUGCACGAUCCCACGGCAUGGAUCAUGGGGGGUGAGGCGGGUCAUGCAGGGCUGUUUUCGACCAUUCUUGACGUCGCCAAGUUUGCGCGCUGCAUGCUAGCAGGGGGCACAGACCCAACGAUGGGGCAUCAGCUCGUGUCAUCACGUACCCUCCGCCUCUUCACCACACCACCUCCCCCUUCGGACCACAACCCUCGACCAUUUGCCCUCGGGUGGGACGUGGCAAUCAGAAGGGGCAAGGAUGGGUACACAUCAGCGGGUCGAUUCAUGGGGCCUCGCACAUUUGGUCAUACGGGCUUUACUGCGUCCCUCACCGUUCGCGAUGUCUGUCCUCUCUUCGCCGACACUGCUGUCACCACUCUCAGCCAACUGGCCCUCUUGCUACUUAGGCUCACUCCCACCCUCAUCCCCAACUACACCCGCACCCUCUUCUGCUCCCCGUUCCCUAUCCAGGACACCCCUUCGUCCCUCAUUGUUCGCGUUGUGCAUCCUCUCGUCACCAAUGCUGCUGUUAACAUUACUCUUGGCUCAUCAGGCCCUCUUGCUACUUCGGCACCCUCCCUACCCUUGUCCUCUUCCUCUCCCCGUUUUCUCAUCCAGGACACGCCAACGGCCCUCACCAUUCGCGACGUGCGUCCCCUCAUCGCCAACGCUGCUGUCACCACGCUCGGCCAACUGGGCCUUCCCCGACGCACACUCACCUGGCACCUGGGCUCACACACAGGCGAGCAGACAGGUGUUGGGGCUGAUGCAGAGACUGGCGCACAUAGAGGUGUUGAGAGCGGUGUUGAGGCUGGUGCGGAAGCAGGAGCACGGGCAGUGGAUGGCACAACACGGCUCAAGGCAGGAGGGUGGGAGCAGCACCACCAAAGGGAGCACCACCAAGGGGAGGCAAGCUGGCAGCAGAGCAAUCUGUGCCUCAGCAUGGAGAACCGGCUUUGCCUCAGAAGGUGCGGGCUACCCAGCAGCGGAACCAGCAGCGUGGGCAUGCACUGCCGCAGCCAUGCCGACCGGCCGUGGGUUUCGAAGCAGCGGGAGCAUGCGAGGCAGUGGAUGGGUGCCAAUCCAGCUGCAUGCGUGAAGCAGCAGAGUUGUGCCAAUCAGGUGGGUUGUGUGAGGCAGGUAGAUGUGAGGCAGGUGGGGCGUGUGAGGCAGGUAGAUGUGAGGCAGGUGGGGGGUGUGAGGCAGCAAGAAACCCAAGUGAGCAUUAUAUUGAUCUAA